CCAGUUUCAGUUUCUCCAUCCAACGCCCGGUCGCCCACUCGCCCGCUCUCGCCAGUCGCCACCAAUUCGCUGCUGCUCCGCUUUCUCGUCUCCGUCCGCUGCCAAGCUGCGGAAACCUCGUAUCGUAAAGCCCUUUUACCACUCCACAGUCAAAAUCAAUGGAGAUAGAAGAACGUCAGGCGCAAUUCAUCCAGCAGUUCGUGGAGCAAGCGUCGGCGAUCGACGGCGGCCCUGCCUCUUCUCCCUCUCUCGCUCGCCUCGUCGUCGAAUCCACCUCGCACCCUUCAGUCUUCUCCUUCGGCGAGAUUCUUGCCCUCCCAAAUCUCCUCCAGGUUCAAGGAACCGAGAAUUCGGCGUACGUCGAUCUCCUGAAACUGUUUGCUUAUGGAACGUGGAAGGACUACAAAGGGAAAUCGAGUGUACUGCCGCAGUUGAAACCGGAUCAAAUUGUUAAGCUGAAGCAGCUCACUGUGCUUACUGUCGCUGAGACUAGCAAGGUUGUUUCCUACAAUACACUUUUGGAGGAACUUGAAUUUUCUAACGUGCGUGAGCUCGAGGACUUCCUUAUUGAUGAGUGUUUGUACGCGGGGAUAAUCAAAGGGAAGUUGGAUCAAUCAAAGCGAUGUUUCCAGAUUGAAUUUGCAGCAGGGAGGGACCUGGUCCCCGGUGAACUUGAAGCUGUGAUAGAGACUGCAAGAAAUUGGUUGGCAACUUCAGAUAAUUUGCUUCCCUUGAUUGAAGACAAGAUUAGACAGGCGAAUGAAAUGGAUCAAUUGGAGAAGCAGCAUCAGAUGGAUGUCAAGGAAAGUAUUGAAAUAGCUAGGAAGAAUCUCCAUUCGAAUGGCCAUCAUGACAUCAGUAGUCCCCGUUUUCUUGAUGAUGGAGACUUGGAUAACCAAGACGAGCGCUUUCACUACAAAAAGACCACGAAAGCCAGACGCUCUACAGGUGGACGCUCUGCCACCCGAUACACCAGAAUGUGAAGAGAAGGUCAGCCUCUGCUGCUGAUCGCUUAUUAUUUUGAAUACCCCUGUCUGAUGCAAUUUUAUAUCUCGGUUUAGCCUUCAAUUGCAUUUACAGUUACAGCGAUUUAGUCUUUCAGAUGUCUAGGUUUUCCCCCUUUGGUCAAUGUAAAUACGUGGUGGAGUGAACUACUUCUUUCAGUUCAUCAGUUUAGUUUUUCCCUGCAUAGCAUAUUUAUAUCCACAACGAAAAUGGAUCUAUGACAGUUCCGAACGGUAAUGGGAAUCAUGUCCUCGUUCUUGACUGGGAGGGGAGGUAUCUCUUUAGUUGUUCAUUCUGCUCGUAAGUUUGAUCUUUGAAGGUCCCUUGCGGUGUUA